AUGAAGUUCAGCAAAAAAGACACUUUGGCUAACACGGACGGCAGCCUACCCCGCAACCAAGUCCCCGAGUGGGCGGCCUUUUACAUCAACUACAAGGGCCUCAAGAAGCUGAUCAAGGCAGCCGCCCAGUCGGCCAGGAAUGGAGAGAAGGUGGACUUAGCAGAAUUCUUCUUCGCCGUGGACCGCAACCUCGAGGACGUGGACGCCUUCUACAACCGCAAACUCCAUGAGAGCGUCCGCCGUCUCAGCCUGCUGCGCGACCGCUAUGGCCGCGUCCCCGACGUCGUCUCCAACCUCGACGAUGACGAAAUCGAGGAGCUCAUGGCCGCCCUGUUCGAGAUGCGCGUACAGGUCCGCAACCUGAGCUGGUUCGCCGAGAUCAACCGCCGCGGCUUCGUCAAGAUCACCAAGAAGCUCGACAAGAAGCUCCCCGCGGCCGCUUCGCAGCACCGCUACAUCUCCACAAAGGUUGACCCCCUGCCAUUCGCCCAGAAUGUGACGACAAGUCGUCUGAUGGCCGAGAUCAACAAGUGGCUGUCUGCGCUGGGCGACGCCCGCAACAUUGACGAUUCCAGAUCCGACAGGUCGGUGCGGUCGCUGGGCCGCGUGUCGUCCAAGGCGAUGUUGACGCUUUCGCAAACCCUGCUCGACACCUUGGACCAGGCGAUUCGCAACGACAACGUGGAGUCUCUGAAGGCUGGUUUGGAGGAGGGCAAUGUUCUUGGCGAGCACGCCUCUCAAAACCUGCUCCUUAACAUGCUGCAGCGUUCCAUCGCUGCGAGAUCCAAAGCCAGCAUUGCAUACAUUCUCGGCCAGCUUCCUUCGCUUCAUGAGGUCGAUGACAUCAACGAGCGGAACUGCAUUCACCGUCUCGUCAUUCACAUCGGUCGCACGAGAUCCAACGACCCCGAUAAUGAGCCGAAAUCCUACCCCUUCCCGAUUGGCACUCAGUUCACCUCUCAUGACCUUCAGCCAGCCACCUCCUCCCAAUUGGUCACUCCUCGCGCGCUCAACCAAAAUGAGACCAAGCUUCUUGGGAAGGACGACGAGGCCGUCCAGAUUCUCAUGUACCUCCUCGACUCUCUCAAGCCCGAGCAGCGACAGGCGCUCAGCAGCAGAGACUCAUUCGGCCGCAUCCCGCUUCACUACGCCGCCCGCUUCGGCUUCGUCGUUGUUUGCCAGAUCAUCAUGGCGAAGAUGCAGGAGUGGGGCCAGUUCAACGUUGAGAACGGCAUUGACGCCCCCGAGUGGCAGGAUAACGAUGGCUAUGCGCCUCUGCACCUGAGCGUCGUGGGCGGUCACCCCCUGACUACAAAGGCGCUGCUCCAGGGUGAGAACUGGCAGGGCGUCAGCGUCAGGAAGGCCGAGAUGAGAAAGACAGUGUCCAAAUCUGGCGCCGUCCUGGCCAUGGCCACCAAGUCGAACUACAAAGUCAUCGUGGAGAUGCUCGUCGAGGCUGGCGUGGAUAUUAACUGGCAGGAUAAGACGGGUGAAACCGCUCUUCAUCUUGCAGCCCGCUUCGGCCACGAUGAGAUCGCCAAGGUGCUGCUCAAGGGCACCGAUGAGCAGAAGGCUGAUUUGGAGAUUGGCGAGAACUCAUACGCAUGGACGCCCCUUCACGUUGCGGCAGUCGACGGCCACCUAUCUAUGGCGCAACUGCUCGUUGACGCCGGAGCUGAGGUCGCCAAGGCUGAUUCUUCUGGCUGGACCGCCAAGGAGCACGCCGCGCUGCGUGGUCACUUGGACAUUGCUCGACUGCUUGCGGCUCACCCUGCCGCCGACCUCGUCCAAACCACUAAGGAGCUCAAGGUCAAUGGCGACCACUCACGCUCGUCGUCACCUGAGAAUAACACUUCUCUCGACGGCCGCAAGUCGAACGGCGCCCCUCGUCCUCUUGAGCCAGUCAAGACCUUUGGUCAUCGCUACCUCACCGACAAGAGCAUGGUCCUGGUCAGCCUCGGAUCGAUGGAUAUGCGGAAGAACAUGGAAGCAGUCAAGCUUGACCGCGUUCCCCUUACUGAGGCUCACUUGACGGAGCUAGACACAGCUCUGUCUAUCGUAGUCUCGGCUAGCGGCGCCCAGGGCGAGCCGACCAUCGUCGACCUUCCCGUUCACGAGCACGUCUCGACAGAACCGAUCGUCUUCCAGGCCGCGGACCCCUCAAAGGUCAAGAUCAUGUUCGACAUUGUCCCAACUUACUCUGGAAAUGAGAAGAACAAGAUUGGACGUGGUGUUGCCCUCCUCUCCUCCAUCAAGCCCACCAUCGGCGCCAAGCGCAUGAACCUCCAGGGCGAUGUCUGCGUGCCCAUCCUGGCCAGCAACUUGGACGUCAUCGGCACUGUCAACUUCAACUUCCUUGUAGUCACCCCCUUCUCCCACCCCAACAUGGAGAUCAACUCCCAGCAGACCUACUGGAAGAAGCUUGCUACGACGAUGGUCAUCGGUCACCGCGGCAUGGGUAAGAACCUGACGAGCAACAAGUCUCUCCAACUCGGGGAGAACACGGUACCUUCUUUCAUCGCAGCAGCCAACCUAGGCGCUCAGUACGUCGAGUUUGAUGUGCAGCUCACAAAGGACCAUGUCCCGGUCAUCUACCACGACUUCCUUGUCAGCGAGACGGGCAUCGACGCCCCCGUGCACACACUCACCCUGGAGCAGUUCCUCCACAUCAACCCUGACUCCAAGCGCUCCAACGGCAAUGGUGUGAACGCAAACGCAGUCAACGAGAGCAUUGAAAGGGUCCGCAACAAUGCCCCGGGCCCCAGACAACGCUCUUUGUCCAUGGGCUACGCCGGCGAAGGCCUCACUGGCAGCGGCAACAACCUCGAGGAGCGCAUGAAGCACACCCGCGACUUCAAGACCAAGGGCUACAAGGCCAACUCGCGCGGCAACUUCAUCCAGGCUCCCUUCGCCACCCUCGAGGACCUCUUCCGCCAGCUGCCCGAGCACAUUGGCUUCAACAUCGAGAUGAAGUACCCCAUGCUGCACGAGAGCGAGGAGCAGGAGAUGGAUACCUACGCCGUCGAGCUCAACUCCUUCUGCGACACCGUGCUGUCCAAGGUGUACGACCUCGCUGGCAACAGGCACAUCAUCUUCAGCUCCUUCAACCCGGACAUUUGCCUGUGCCUCAGCUUCAAGCAGCCCUCGAUCCCCAUCAUGUUCCUGACCGAUGCCGGGACGUGCCCUGUCGGCGACAUCAGAGCGUCGUCGCUGCAGGAGGCCAUCAGAUUCGCGAGCCGCUGGAACUUGAUCGGUAUUGUUAGUGCCGCUGAGCCCCUCAUCAACAGCCCUCGCCUGGUUAGGGUCGUCAAGGAGAGUGGUUUGCUGUGCGUCAGUUACGGAACGCUGAACAACAAUCCCAUCAUGGUUCAGCGCCAAGUGAAAGAGGGUAUAGACGCCGUCAUCGUAGACAACGUGCUCGCCAUCAGAAAGGGUCUCACAACCAACGAGGAGGCCCCGAAUGGCCAGUCGCUGGAGGAGGGAUCGGAGGGUGACUCGUCUUAG